AUGGAAUUCUUCUAUGAUGAGCAGGCUGUCGCCAACGCUGAGCCUUCCAAGGAGCGUGACGAGAAGACUGAACAGGUAUUCAAUAAGUUUGAAGAUGAGGUGAGCAAGCAGUAUGAAAGAACGGCAAGUGCUUUGAAGAAGAUUAUCAAGGAAGAUGAAGACGGUGUUAAACUCAAUUUGGUAUUGAAUCCCGAAGUUUCCGAGACUGCGCAAAGGUACUUACGGCAAUUGGAUGAUAAUCUGCAGGGCGUGGAGAAGGCAGCUUUGAACUACUGGAGCAAGGUUUCGGAUGCUAGCUUUUGGCCUUCAGUGGCAGGCAAGCUGGGAAAUAGCCUGGAUAAGCUUGUCAAGUUGGAUGAGACACAGCGUGGUGAAAAAUCGGGCCAAACAGCUUCCGGUGCUGCAGGCGGUAAUAGAACUGAAGCUGAACUAAAGGCAUUGUCGACCAACAAGGCUCUGUAUCUGGAUCGUGAGCCAGCUUCAGGCAAAGAUUUCGAUGCAGACGCAAAAACAGAAGAGAUAGCGAGGAUCCUGGAGACCGAUAAGGACAUGGCCAAUCUGAUGAACGAGAUUGUGCCCGAGAGCAUUAGUUACAACGAGUUCUGGAGAAUCUUCUUCCGUGAACGGCAGAAGAUUCUCGACAGAGAGGGCAAGAGAAGAGAGAUAUUGAUGGAGAAAAGAGCACAGGAAGAGGAAAUUGGUUGGGAUGACGAGGAUGCUGAAAUUAAUGAGGAAGAGGCAGUUAUCGUGAGGAAGGAGGAUACUUCGCUUGAGAAAGACUCGGAAAAGGCAGGUGCUCGCAAUGAGGAAUCUCGUGAUGAUGAAGAUGAUGAUGAUUGGGAUUGA